UCUUAUAUCGUUUAUGUUAUCGACAAAAAAUCAAAAUAUACAUUAAUUUUUCACAGUACUCCACUUUGUUGCAAAAAAUUGUCUUUGACGUGAAUUUUCUAUGCAACGAUAAAAAAUCAAUAAUUAGAGAUACAAGAUUUCUCGUUCCCUGAAUUAAACAUAUAUAUAAAUAUGAAUCUGACAGCUGCAAGAAUUUUCAGAGGCUCAAGAACUGCGAGAUAUGUGCUUGAUAAAGGAACCCACGUGUUAUUGUUCGAUGAUGUCUGUAAAAAUAUGCAAAUAAGAUGUAAGAGCAAAAUAUCAACGCGCAAGGCCUUCGAAAGCAAUAAAUACAAACGAUCGGAGGACUCUAUUGGGGUGUACGGAUAUUGCCUGUUGAGUAUACCUAUUGCUACCUUUGCGCUCGGCACGUGGCAAAUUAAGAGGUGGCGAUGGAAGCUGAAUUUAAUAGAAGACCUAAAGCAUCGUACUUCAGCGGAGCCGAUUGAGCUGCCAAUUGAUUUAGAUGAAUUGAAGGACAAGGAAUAUUAUUGUGCAAAGGUGAAAGGAAGAUUUUUGUAUGAAAAGGAAUUUUUGAUGGGACCUAGAAGUCUAAUUCUAGAUGGAGAAGCUGUUGGUGAAAAGGGCAGUGGAAUAUUUUCUCGCAAAUCGAGCACAGGAUAUUACGUGAUCACACCUUUCAAACUGGAAGAUCGAGACUUGACUAUCAUGGUGAAUCGUGGAUGGAUACCUAAAAGUGAUCGUACAUUAUUCAAAAUGAUAGAGAAUAAAAUUACAGACUCUACAGAAAUCAUUGGCAUUAUUAGAAAAACUGAGAAACGACCUACAUUUGUACCUGAUAAUGCUCCUGAAAAAGGAGUAUGGCAUUUCAGAGAUUUAAACGCAAUGGCAAAGGUGGCAGAAGCAGAACCUGUGUACAUAGAAUUAUUGUCUGGAUAUAGUACACCACAUGGCCCAAUUGCUGGCCAAACAAAAGUAACUUUAAGAAACGAACACGUUAGUUAUAUACUCACUUGGUAUGGGUUGUUCGCCAGCACGAGCUACAUGUGGUUUCGAUAUUUUAUGCAAAAACUACCACUCGUUUAGUCGCAUUUUUUUAGAGAGGCAAAGAGGGAAAAAUUUAUCCGAAACAUUUGUAAAAAUGUAUAAAAGAGAUGGAGAGAAAGUGUAUAAAAUAUAGAUUA